CGUAAGGCUAAAUAAUUGAUCACGUGAGGUCAGUUUCAUUGGUCAUCAUCGCUGACAGCGACCUCUGAGUAACAAACGACGAUGAGCACACCAAGAUUUGCACUUUCGGUGCUCGCUAGGGCGUCGACAUGUAUGAGACAUGCCGCAGACAGUUAUAUGCGCUCUGGCAUAGUCUCAACGCCGAUAGCGAGUCUGAAGAUUGGCUCUGCCCUGCACAAGACGAGGUCGUUCGCAUCCUCCUCAAUCGCGCAUGCAGCCCCGCCGACACCCACCCAUGUUCCAAAAUCCACUGCAUCAGUAUCUUUUGCUCCAACUUCAGAUGAACUAAAAUCACAGGAGCUUGAUUUAGACAUAAUACCCGAAGAGGAUGUCAAGCUAGAACUUACAGACCGAGCUGCCGAGCAACUGAAAUCUAUAGCUACGCGGGAGCACUGUCCCAAUGCAGGCCUACGCAUUGCAGUGGAGUCGGGAGGAUGUCACGGCUACCAGUAUACAAUGGAGCUUGCUUCUGAACGAAAUGCAGAAGACUACCACUUCACACAUCCCGCCAUAAUUCCAUCAAAUAUCUAUAUUGAUGCUGUCUCACUCGGACUUCUCAACGGCUCUACAAUAGAUUUCGCUACUGAGCUCAUAGGGAGCUCGUUUCGCAUUGCGGCGAACCCGCAGGCGAAGGGUGGAUGCGGCUGCGGGAUUAGCUGGGAGAUGAAAGAUUAAACUUGUAUGGGACGGAACACAGUUUACCAAGCAAAGAUGUUACAGGCAUAUGAUGGACGUAUUUAUGCAACUCACAUCUCUUAUAUACUGUCAUCGUAUCGCCAAUCUACCUAAUUUGCUGUACGCUGCAUACCACCACUCCCGAAACAAAUGCUACAAUACCUGAUAAUGUCAUAAGUUAAACAAGGUUAACUAUUCCUGCAAGCAGCGCCCGCUCGCCACAAUUCUGGCGCUGUACGUCAGUGACGUUGGGACGCACAGGUAAUAAUUCAAUUGAAGUUGAAGAGCGGAGCGCCUUUGACUGAAUGAUUGGCUAACCUACUAUUACUUAUGCGUACAAGUCUGGGCCAUGUGUAUAUCACCUGAUGAACUAUCGGCAAAGUCCUUCCUUGUCUUCCAUUUCAAACAAAAUGGACCA